GAAUGGCCUUCGUGGGGCGCCGUAGUGACGGACCCGAGGUGGUGUUUCUGGGAUCUGAGUGGGACUGAAGCGCCGUGGGCGCCGAAGAGCACGCACCGGGGACCUUCCCGUAGGCCGCGCCGACACUGUGCAGUCAUCGCCGGAGCCCGUCGCCCUGGUAACGGGCAGGUGGCGAGGGGGCCUCAGUCUCGCCCCAGCUGCUGGACCGGGAAGCCGCUGCCGUCGCCAUGUCGCCCGGCCCGGUUCGAGCCCCGCCUCCGGCCUCGGUGUCAGUGUUUGAUCUCGGGUUCGGCGACCCGCUCUUGCAGGGCCUACGCCUUGUGGACCGGGCGCAGGGCACGGCCUUGGCCCGGGCCCCAGCCAGCCCAGAGUCCGAGAAGGAGGCCAGCCCCAGGGAGCAGGGCGUCCCCAGGGGGCACAUCCCCAAGGGGCACGUCCCCAAGGGGCACACCGAAGUCUCCGAUCGCAUGUUUUGCUCGACCUGCAUGCAGCCCUUCCAAAGCCGCCAGGAUCAGAGGGAGCAUUACACGUCGGAUUGGCAUCGUUUUAAUCUGAAGCAGAGCCUCAAGGGCCAGCCUCCCCUAUCUGCCCACGAAUUUGAGAAGCAGAGCUGUUCAGGAGACUUAUCCAGCAUCUCAGGUUCGGAAGACUCGGACUCGGACUCAGACACAGAAAACACGGAGUUAGAGGGCUUAGAUACAUUGAAUGAGGAGGUGGUGGAGCUAGGAAGACCAGACCCCCACUGGGGCUUUCACCCACACCGUGUCCUCUUCUGCAAUGCUCAGGGCCAAUUCCUCUCUGCCUUUCGAUGUCUCCUGGGGCCUCAUCAGGCUCCCACAGAGGAGGCAGAGUUGCUGUUGCAGACCAUUCAGGCUGGGGGUCCUCAAUGCUGUGUGGUCCUCAUGGCUGCAGCUGGUCACUUUGCUGGUGCCAUCUUCAGAGGGAGAGAAGUAGUGACACACAAAACAUUUCACCGCUACACUGUCCGGGCACGGCGGGGGACAGCCCAGGGACGUCAGGAUGCCCGGGUUGGAGGUUCUCGUUCUGCUGGAGCCAACUUGAGGCGCUACAAUGAAGCUGCACUAUACAAGGAGGUGCGAGAGCUGCUGGCAGAGCCAGGCUGGGCAGGGCCACUGGGGGAGGCAGGGACUAUACUGCUGCGAGCCCCCCGAUCUGGCCAGGCUCUCUUCUUCGGGGGCCAUGGAGCACCACUGAACCGGGGGGAUCCCCGUCUCUGGGAUAUUCCCCUUGCUACCCGUAGACCCACCUUCCGAGAGCUUCAGCGUGUACUUCAGGUGCUGGCCAUGGUGCACAUUCAUGGAGAAGACCCAAGGGAAAUGGCCAGAUUGGAUUCUCCUCAGACGGACUGGAAAGUGAAAAAUGAGAAAAAGACGAUGACCAUUCAGGAGAAGGGUCCAAGUGAUGAUGAUGAGGUCCUUGGGCCAAGUGAGUCUGAAAGAGAAGGCAGGUCCCCUGUGGAGCUAGAGCUGGUGGAGUUAACCCUGGGAACCCUGGAUCUUCGUGAGUUUGAAUUAUUGCCCAAGAGAAGAAGAAGAAAAAGGAAGAAGAAGAGCCAGGAGGUUAGGGCUGGUGUAGAGAUGGCUUUACACUCCCCCCAAGAAACUGUGCCCCUUUCACAGACAGCCCAGGAAAACAUGGUGCUUCUGCAGCCUUCCCAGGAGGAGACCAGAACCACAGGGCAGCAGGAGCUGUGGGACACUCUGUGGGCAGCCUGCCGUGCAGGAGAUAUUGCAAAGCUGAAGCACCAGCUGCAGGCUCUCCCCUCCAACACGACAAUCCUCACUCUGCUCAGUGCCCCAUUGGGCGCUGGUGGUUCCACUCUCUUACACGCAGCAGCUGCAGCUGGCAGGGGGCUAGUGGUCCAACUACUGCUAGACAACGGUGCUGACCCCACAGUCAGGGAUUCCUGUGCCCGGCCCCCAUACGCAGUUGCAGCUGACAAAAUGACACGCAAUGAAUUCCGCAAGUUCAUGGAGAAAAAUCCAGAUGCCCAUGAUUACAGCAAGGCCCAAGUCCCAGGGCCCCUGACGGCAGAGAUGGAGGCACAUCGAGCUGCUCGUCGGCAAGAGCAGAAGGCGGCCAGGCGGCUUAGGGAGGAGCAGCGUCGCCAGCAACAGGAGCAGGAGAAGCAUGAGCGGGAGGAGCAGCAGAGAUUUGCUGCCCUCAGUGACCGUGAGAAGAGAGCUUUGGCUGCUGAGCGCAGACUGGCUGCCCAGCUUGGGGCUCCAGCCCCUCCGAUCCCCAGCCUCCACAACACGAGGCGCUGCUGGGGUUGUGGGGCCUCUCUUCAGGGCCUUGUCCCCUUUCACUAUCUUGACUUCUCCUUCUGCUCUACACGAUGCCUGCAGGAGCACCGCCGGGGAGGAAGGCCACUGUCCUGACCCUGCAGCAGCCUUCUCCAGGCCUCCUGGGGGGAAGGAGCUCCAAGGGAAAUGAAGGGAUCGGGCUAGUUUUUGGUCUCUCCCCCAACUUUUGCUUCACCCUCAUACCUCUGCUGUGGUACCAAAGAAGGAUGUAGAAAGCCAGAGGGAGGAGGGAGUGUUAGAGGAGUCCCAGCAAAAAUAGGGCCAGAGACGUGUGUGGAAGACGAGGAGUAUGGUGUCUCUGAAAUUUAAUGCAAUAAAAUUGGAUAAAGUAA